GUCCGCUAGUGUCGCUCUUCAGUCUGUGAGGCGUCGUUUCUGUUCCGGUGAGUCUUGAGCGCAUCGCGUCCCGUUGUCACAGCCCUCUCAUGGACAAAAUGGAUGAAGAGCUUUGUGUUUAUUUUGAAUGCAGAAGAUAUUAUUUAUCUGAGUACUAAGCUGAAAAUCGAAGACUUGGACAUCUUGAAGCAGUGCUGUAAAAACACAGAGCAGGUAAGAUGGAUGAGGAAAGUUCCCUCAAUAAGGAGAAGACCUGGGGCUUCAGACGAAGCACCAUCGCCAGAAGGGAGUUUUUGGAAGCCGUUGGCACUGUGAUCAGCGUCCCUCCUCCAUCACGUGGUGGCGCCCGCCAGUCCAGGGGUCGGGGCAGGGCUCGUGGCCGUGGCAGGACGAAACAAGACAUCGGGGCUGGUGUGGUUUCCGCUUCCCACAAACGAUCUAACAGGGGCCGAAAAAGUGCGUUGUCCGUACUGGUGCAUUCCGAUGAAAAGUCUGAUAAUGAUGAAGAGCAAUGCAGGACAGAUGGACAGCUGUGUGUUGCAACUGAGCUGAUAUCCAUCAGUGAGGGAAGAGUAUCGGAUCGAGCAGAAGACAGUGACGAUCUCACUCUCACAGAAAUUCGGAAACGAGCUAUGUCUCGACAGCUUGAGCAACUUAAAUGUGAAGAUAGUGAUGAUGUAAAAGACGUUGAAGAAUAUAAUGCUGAAGAAACACAACUACAAGUGGAAUGUAAAGAAGUUAACAUGUUAGAUGUCUCAACAAAUCUAGGGACUAUAUUUUCUUCCCCAGCCAGAGGAGAGACUGAGAGUUCUGUCACCAUUAUCGCUGAAACAGUAAAGAAAGAGUCUGCUGAGGAAGCGAGCGCUGAUAACUGUGAGAAAGACUGUGAGAAGAUUGAUGGAAGUGUUAUGUGCUGUAUAUGUCAACAGACACACACAAACAGUAUGUCUUUAUUUGUCAGGUUAAUGUUCUGCUGUGAUACCUGCCGGAAGUGGUGUCAUGGUGACUGUGUCGGCAUCAGUGAGUCUGAUGUUCAUCUCUUGCAGAAGAACGGAGAACUUUACAUCUGCUCCACAUGUUCAGAGGACCAAAAUAUCACCAGGAAAAUCAAAAAUGCUAACAAAAUCAGCACAUUUUCUGCGGAGGAGGUUAUGGAGGACCAGAGGUCUGUGGAGAAUGAGGUGAAAGAGGAGAUUAGCAUGUUGGAGGAGGAAGUGAAGGAUGUUCCUAAAUGUAUUGGUCCGGGCUGCAGUAAUAACGCUUUGCCAGAGUCUGUGUACUGUGGUCAUCAGUGUAUUGUGCAGCAUGCAGCCAUGGCCAUGAAGGGUCUCUCUGAACCCAAAACCGAGACAAAACCUGCCGUUCCACCUACCAAACCUUUAAUUGCGAUCCCGAAACGGUCAUUUCUUGCGAAGCUUUUCAAGGUGAAGAUCAGUGAGAGUCCAACAUGUGAAGAGAACGAGAGUGCACAGAAAAUGAUGAAUGAUGAGUCUGUGUGUUGUGCUGCACUUACUGACUUCUCACAAUCAUCUGAUGUCAAUGAUCAAUCCAACACAGCACUCUCCCAGCCACGGACUGUGCUCUGUGCCGCCAUUAAGGACAAAGAAGAGCAGAGUACCGACACACAGAGCAAACCACCAGAUCUGAUAUUAGACAAUCCAUCUGUUGAAAAGAUACCUGUUGCCCCAGUGAUCAAGAAAUCCACUCCAGGAAGAGCCAGGAAAACCAUGCCAGGCUCUCCACGGCUGGAAAACCUUAGAGGAGCUCUUAGUAAAAGUAAACAAAACACAAAAUUAGCUACUGAAGACAACAAACCUCCAGAUGUUCUUCCCGUCCCGGAUGACCGUGCCAUGGUCCCUCCAUCCAGUCCUCUCCAGAUCAGACAGAAGAUUCGCCAGUCACUGACAGAAGUUUUGCUUUACGGGAUAAAAACCAGUGAUUAUUUGGACACUGCUGGGUGUGAAGUGGAAAAACUGUCUGUGAACAUAGAAAAAGAAGUGUUUAAUAUGUGUUACACCACAGAUGACGUAUACAAGAAGAAAUGCCAACAUCUCCUGCUUAACCUGAAAGACCCCAAAAACAAGGAGCUAUGUCAUCAGCUUUUAAAAGGAGAAAUUUCUCCAAUGAAAGUCAUUCAUUUAAGUGAAAAGGACGUUCAAUCUGUUGAGGACACCGCUGACGAGUCUUUAGAGGAUCAUCAGAUGUCUUUAGAGGAGGAAUCUGACUCUGUGCAGGUGGAGGAAGCUCCUGCCGCGCAGGUGGAGGAAGCUCCUGCCGCGCAGGUGGAGGAAGCUCCUGCCGCGCAGGUGGAGGAAGCUCCUGCCGCGCUGAUGGAGGAAGCUCCUGCCGCGCAGGUGGAGGAAGCUCCUGCCGCGCAGGUGGAGGAAGCUCCUGCCGCGCAGGUGGAGGAAGCUCCUGCCGUCCAUGUAAAGAUCGGCAUCACUAACUCAGAUGAGAAAUCAUGUCCAUCUUGGCGAAAGCAGACCCAGGCGAAGAAAUUAAACUCAGAUGCCCCAGACGUGAUUUACGGGAUGCUGAAAGACACAACAUCAGAACAUAAAUGCCAUCUGUUUGACCUCAAUUGCAGGAUAUGUACAGGGCAAGUAUCCACUGAUGGUGAACCUGAAACCAAGAAUCCAAACACUGACAUGACAAAGGAUAAGAAAGAAGAGAAAUCGUUGGUUGUUCAUAUGAAGGAUGAAGCGUCUCCACCUGCUGCAGAAGUUUCCAGUAUAUCAGAGUCCCCAGCAUCUCCCAGUGCAGACGAUCGUGAAACGCACACCCCGUCAGUGGAUUGCACUCCUGUUUUGAUCCCGUCAACUCCAGUCGUGUCCCUCUCGAGAAGAGAUCCUCGUACAGCGCAAUUCAGACAACUUAUGCCAUCGUAUGCUGACCCAAAGUUUGUCUCACCGCAAUCGCAACUUCCAACCCCAGGGCAGCACGUAACAGAACCGCUUAAAGAGACGAGGGUGGUCCCGCCCCUUGUGCCAAAAUCGCUGAUGGAGUCUCAUACACCAUCUGACAAAGGGACAAAGCAGUUUUUAUCUAAACAGGAGCCUUUAUGGAAGGGUUUUCUCAACAUGCCAACCGUGUCCAAGUUUGUCACCAAAGGAUAUUUAAUCUCAGGAUCCCCUGACUUUCUGAAAGAGGACCUACCAGAUACUAUCCUAAUUGGUGGCAGGAUAUUGCCACAAACAGUGUGGGAAUAUGUUGAGCUGAUAAAGACAUCUGAGGCCAAGGAGAUGUCAUUGAUUCGCUUCCAUCCAUCAUCUGAAGAAGAAGAGGUUGCAUAUGUUUCUCUGUUCUCCUAUUUCAACAGUCGAAGGAGAUUUGGUGUUGUUUCUAACAUUGGUAAACGCAUUAAAGAUCUUUACCUCAUUCCUCUGUGCGCAAAACAGUCCAUCCCUGCUGCGUUUCUGCCUAUAGAGGGACCAGGGCUUGAACAGAAUCACCCCAAUCUUUUAAUAGGGUUGGUGGUCUGUCAGAAACCAAAGCGUCCCGAGGCAAUCCUACAGGAGGUUGUUGAGAAGAAAUCCAGCAUGUUGAUCCGUUCGGAUAGUAAGGAAGCAAAUAAUCCUACCUCGUUUAAGGCUCCAAAAGUUGACAUUGGACAACAUAACACUACGACUUGUGAUCCCAAUGCCCUUGCCAAAACUUUGACAAACUUCUGUGGACCUUCAUCUUCAUUUGUGUCACCAGGCCCAUUGUACUCUUCCAUUUCUCAGUCUGGCCCAUCUCCUUACUCUAGUGCACUACCUCUCCAAAAACCCAUCAGUGCUGACCCACCCAGAGACUCCACAAGUUCCACUCCACUUCAGACGAUACUGAGCACACUAUUUGGUCAAAAAACACAAAACCCUGCUGUCAAAGAGUGUGAAAUGAGCCUCUUAACAGAAAAGGUUCAACAGACGUGUAAAGAAGCAGUAAACUCAGUGGAGUUAUGUGAUGAUAGGCCUUAUGAUCCUGAGGAGUAUGAUCCAGCUCUUCCAUAUGAAGUUCUGGAUUGUAACGUUCCAACUACAUUGGCUGCUGCUGAUGAUGAUGAUAGACCGUAUGACCCCGAGGAGGAGUACAAUGCAGUUGACAAAGGUGGUGCUGCCAAAAAUAAUCUACCCAAAGCAUCAGAAGUUACAAAUACACAAGACAACUUGAUAGUGAACAGCGAUGUAGCCUAUGAUCCAGAGGAUGAGACAGUGUUUGAAGAAAUGCAAAAUUACCUUACAGCUAAUGUCCUAACUCACAAUACGUUCACCAUCUGUGAACAGGCAAGCACUUCGGAUACAACACUGUCUGAGCAGCAGAAAAUUCUGGAAGAGUUAAAUAGGCAAAUUGAGGAACAGAAAAGGCAGCUUGAGGAACAAACCGAAACGCUUCGUCUACAGAAAGAAGCGAUUGGUGUGUCCAUGGCCCAUUUCUCUGUUUCUCAUGCUCUGAUGUCACCACCUCCAAAGUUUGGCAGAGAUGAAGAUGACGAAAUGGAAAACCUGUCCUAUCCUACAGCAAUUAAUAGCUUUAGGGAUCCAUGGAUCUGUCGAGAAACAAGCAAACAUGUCGAGGAUGCUUCUGAAGUCGAAAUCGCAGCACAGCCAUUAUUAAACACAGAAGAGAACCAGAGUGAAGUCUUAGACACAUCUGCAACCAUCAAAAAGGAGAAUUUGGAUUAUGACAAAACAUUACCAAAUGAAGGGUCACCAGAUGGUAAAACUGAAGACACUACUGGUUCCCGCUCAGAGAAUUCUAGCAAAACAAGAGACAGAAGAUCAUCAGAGAGGAGGUCAUGUCACGAACGCAGGUCUUACCACCGCGAUAGAGGGUCCUCAAGAGCACCACAUAAAAGUAAAGACCUAAAGGAUGAUCUAGACAAAGAGCACAGAAGUAGACGCUCUACAAAGCAUCUGUCUAGGCAAAGUCACAGUGACAGAAAAAGGUCGACAUCAUCGAGAACAAGUCGUCAUCACAGAGACUCGCGGUAUAAGAGGAGAAGUGAACAUUCCACAAGAUCACACUCAAGCCGGAAAGAGCGAACUCCUCAGGAUGACAAUGACCAGUCACAAAGAACUGACCAGCAACAAUCCAGAGAAUCAGUGCAUUAUUCCGGAUCAUCAGAGUCUGAUCGUGUGCAGGGUCCAGGCAGCAAUGAAAUGCUUGAAGAGACUUCUUGUUAUAGAAAGAAACAAAUGGUAGAAGUUCAGCAACGUGACUUUUCAAAUCCAAAGCACCAGAAAGGAAGCAGCCAGACCUCUGCCACAUGCCAAUUCCCUGGGGACGAUUCUCAAAACGAGAAUGCAUUUGACAGAAAUCAGUUGCUUUCUGGUCAUUCUGAAAUGAAGAGAAAUAAUUUGCCCCUCAGCAAAAUUGACUGCUCCUCUGAACAAAAAGCGUCACUGUCAUCACCCUUUAUGCAGAAUGUAAAAACUGCCCAGCCUUUAAACAACACUGCACCACCUCAAAUGCAGAUAGAUGUUCCUCACCUGGAUUCAGCGAGUCAAUAUAUUGAGAUGGAAGCAACAUCUAGCCGGCCACCUUGUAACCAAACAACUCGUUUUUCUGAUUCAAACCAUACAAAUCAAGAGCGGGGUCCACCAUCAAUGCAAAAGCAUACCAAUAUAUCCAGUUUAGCGGAUUGCCCACAAAAGUCCUUCCAGUCACAACAUAGAGACUUUCCACAUUCCAACAACAGCCAGUUGAAGUGCAGGAAUGAAUCUAACUCGGAAGAACUAACUCGGAAAAAAAGACGAGAGUUUUUAUUGCACGAGGCAGACCGCAGCAAACAGUUAAAAUUGUCUCACAAGCAGGAAGGGUUUACUACUUGUGAGCUUGACAAGUCUGAAAAGCAAAUGUAUCCUAAUCACAUUAGAAGAAAAAUAUUUACACCGGAGAGGACAAAUCUUGAAAAUCAAGGGGGUGAACAAUCCAGGCCACCCCAAUCACAUGGAUGCAAUGUUCAGGAACCAGAAAUCUUUCGUUUCCAACAGAAUAAAGGUCAAUCUUACGCGAAGGGACAAAGUUUUCAGGGAGGUGAGUCUUCUCAGUUUCAGCAAAGAGGGUCACUCUUAGGCCCUGUCCCUGGUUCUGCAGAUAGGGACAAUUUCAAUCCUAAAGAGCAUUUUCAACCCCAGGCAUUAAACACUUCAAGUUUUGAUAAAAGCAAACCUUCGAGAGAGCCUCUGUCAUUAGGAAAAUUUGGUCAGCCCAAGAACUCCAACACGAGUACUUUUGUACCCUCUCAAUCCAUUCAGUCUUCAUGGUCAGGUCCGUUUCAACAUGGCUUGGACAGUCACAGCAGUUCACGUCCGAUAAGGCAUGGCGUCACAGGCCCCAUGACUGUCGAAGAGCCACCUGAAGGUCAGUUUAACAACAGAGACCCACAGCUGUCCCACUGUGAUUCACCAAAACGCUUUGCUGUGCCUAGACAGUUUAACAAUGAACGGUUUGACAACAGGGAAUCUAAUCGGCCACAUCUUAAUAAUGCAAAAGGUUAUGCAACAUUUGAACCGUUUAAUGAAGGAGGUCCUGAUUACAGAGGUUUUUCACAUAAUCAGCCUAAAAGGUUAAGAGGGCCUGUUCCUCAGCAUGACCAACCAUUUGGAGAGGAGGCAGAAGACUCCAGGACCCAGACACGUUUGCCAAAACAGUUUCAGACACAUUCUCAGAAGCUAACAUGUGAGGAAUCACAUAGCCUAUUUGAAGGCCAUGGACAUCCAGAAAUUAAAGAUCAAUCAAGAGGACCUCAUCAAUCAGGGUUAAGAGGACAAGAUGGGGGAAAUGUAGAGACACAUUUUGCAAGAGGUCAUGAUAUGAGGGCACAAAUGAGGGGACCUCGCUUUGACUCACCACAACAGUUUAUGGGCCAAAAAGAACCAUCUCCUAAUUAUCGUGGUCAGAGAAGGCCUUCAUCUCAGAAUCGUGAUAGUUUUGAGAAACAUAGCCAAUUUAAUAAGCCAGAAAAUCAAAAUACUUGUGAGAUUAAGAAUUUGUGGCAACCUCUCUUUGAGCGUGCUCCCGGACAGACAAAUAUUCGGCCUUUGCGGUUGUCGGGUGCAUUACUCCCUACUCCGAUAGGAGUAGCAAUUAGGCCAAACACUCCCCGGCUACAGAGGCCUAACUUGCACAGUAAAUGCGACAGGUCUUCCAUGAGACAACAUCCAAUCGCAAAUGACAUUACUGGACCCUGGGUUCAUGGGGAAAGGCCAAGCAUUGGUCACAGUUUUAAACCUCAGCAAAGUGAUCACUCAGAAAGUCUCAAUGGGGAGGAAGAAAGAAUAGGGUUUGAAGGUAGAAGGGGGCAACAAAGUGUCCAGCCCUGUAGUUAUGGAGGGGCAAGAGAAAGAAAUAGCAUUAGAAGAAGGGCUAGAAAAAGGCCACAUUUUGGAAAUACUAGUCAUAACAACAGAGAUACAGAAUAUGCUUAACAAAUGACUAGAGAGACUUGGAAGUUUAGAAAUUAAUAUUGUGCACAAGUGAAAGAAUUGAUAGACCUUGUUAUCAGUCAUAAACAUUGUUUUGGAAACAGAUUUUUUUAUAUACAAACUUGAGUUAUAACUUUUGGCUGUUUUGGAUUUUGUUGGAACUUAAUCUGAGCAGGACAUUAAAAUGGAAAGUACUAGUUAAGCUUAACAUUUUAGAUUUUUAUCUCCUGCAGUGCAGUUGAUUUUUGUUCUCAAAGAAUAUAAAUAACUGUACAUUUGUGUUCAUAUAUUUUAGGCAAUUUUCUAAAUGUACAUUUAUAAGUCACUCGGAAUCAAGAUGUGUUGUGUACAUUUAACUGAGUAAAAAACGAACCUUAAACACAA